CCGGAAGAAAAGCGGAAGAAGAAGAACAACAUCCGGGUGACAGGUGGAUGUUGUUUUGCUGUGGGUCAAAUAUUCCUCCUUUAACUCAUUUCUCACGUUAUUUCCCCGGGACGUGUUGAGUCGGUUUAUCCCGGUCCCCCCGCAGUCUGUCCCGCAGGCCGACCCCGCACCGACCCUCCGAUGGCCUCCCGGCGGCCGGACAGCUUCGAUGGGCUCGGGUUCCGCGGCCGCGACGACCCGCUGUACGGAGCCUCCUACCCGGUCAGGAGCGCCGGAGGCCCCGCGGAGCUGCAGCACCACCACUGGGUCACCAGCCCUCCGGACAUCCCGGGCAGCCGCAACCUGCACCACACAGACCGGACACCGCAGCUCGAAGAGCCGCUGGGGGGCCCCGGAGGUCCCGCUGCCGCCUGGGAGGCUCCGCAGCCCGGCGGACCGCCUGCCGAGCAGCUGAAUCGAUUUGCAGGAUUUGGAAUCGGACUCGUCAGCCUGUUCACUGAGAACGUCCUGGCUCACCCCUGCAUCGUCUUCCGCAGACAGUGUCAGGUGAACUUCCACGGCAGCUGUUACCACCUGACUCCAUUCAGCGCCGUCGCCGUCAUGUACGCCAUCUCCAAGGCUCAGGGGGUGAAGUCUCAGUGGAAGGGGAUGGGCAGCACCUUCAUCGUCCACGGCAUCACGCUCGGAGCUGAGGGGGUCAUCAGCGAGUUCACGCCGUUACCACGGGAGCUUCCUCACAGGUGGACCUUCAAACAGCUGGCAGGACAUUUGCUGCUCAAAGGGUUAACAGCUGUGGUGGCUCUUCCUUUUUACUGUGCCAGCCUCAUUGAGACCGUCCAGAGUGAGAUCGUGCGAGACGAGGCGUCCUCAGGUCUGCUGGACUGCGUGCGUGAGGGUCUGACCCGUGUGUUGGGCGUUGGCGCCCCUCACAGCCGCCGCCUGCUUCCUCUCAGCGCCCUGCUGCUCCCCGCAGCGCUGCACGCCAUCCUACGCUACGCCAUCGCGUCCAGCGUGCAGCGGGCGGCGCUGUGGCUGCACCAGAGGGGCCGCAAGCCGCGCGCCGACCCGUCCAACCCGCUGGACGCCUACUUCCCCGAGCUGGCGGCGGCGUGGGCGGGCUCUCUGGUGGCGGACGUGGCUCUGUUCCCCCUGGAGACCGCGCUGCACCGCCUGGCCCUGCAGGGCACGCGCACCAUCAUCGACGCCACGGACGGCGCCGUGGGCGCGGGGAGCGGCGCCAGCCCGCUGGUGCUGCCCGUCAACACGCAGUACGACGGCUUCUCCGACUGCCUGCACGCCAUCCGCCGCAAGGAGGGCGCGGCCGGGUACUACCGCGGCUUUGGGGCGCUGGUGACACAGUACGCGCUGCACGGGGCGCUGCUGGCCGCCGCCAGGACGCUGCUACGGCUGCUGCUGCUGGACGCACGCGCACGCUAGAGAGACGGGCGAUGGUAACUGGGUCGCCAUGGAGACGCAGCAACCCCCCCCCCCCCCUGCACAGGAACCUGUUCAUGAUGUUUCUGCCGACACGACAACAAAACAUCUCAGAGAACACGUUAAAACAUCAUCAGUCACCCGUCAGAAGACGUUACACAGUAAUAACCAUAACUACACACAGUAAACAUCCUCCUGGUCACCUCUUCUCAAAGGUUUCUACAAAAUUGCCCAAAAAUAACACGGAUGGUUCUACGCAGCACUCUUCACGAUUAAAAUGUUUUUAACAAAAAAACGUCAAAGAAUUCAGGCUGGGCGAUGCAACGAUGUCGCACAAAAUAUUCACACAAUGAGAUGUUAGAUGAAUAACCAUCAUAAUGUGAUAUAAUGACUAAGAGGGUAAAGUUAAAUUAUAGAACAGCUACAACAGUCUGGUGAGUUCAGACCAUGACUUCACUUUACUGUGAUGCAGCCUUUAACACCAGGAGAAGACUAAACUUACCACGUAAUGAUAUUACAAUUAUUCAAAAUCUGAGAUGAUAUCUAGUCUCAUAUCACGGUAUAUCGAUAUAAUAUCCAUAUAUCGCCCAGCUCUACAAAGAAUGUUGACUAAAGUGACACAAAAGCACAGAAAACCUUGAACAAAGUGACUAAAGUUGCAGUGAAAGCCUAGAAAACAGAAAACAAAUGGUCAAACAAACGAGGCCUACGGCUCCCAACCAGCAGCGACUAACGAGUGAUUACAGGAAUAUAUCCCAGCAGCUACUUCUUUCAGUCUGAUGUCAUAAUAUCUGUUGUUUUAAACGCAGACGCUACAUCACCUAUGCUGAAAAAUGUCUGGUUCAAAAGGAGAACAUCAAAUUAUUUCUGCCGCCACGGCAACAAAGCAUCUUCUCCAAGACUUCUUUAAAGAGAUGAAGUGAGAAGUUGUUCUAACACAUAAAAGCACUUCCUGUAGUGUUAGAACAUCUUAUUUAUUUAUUUAGAUCCAUAUCAGGAAUACACAUGUAAAUAAAUACACAACAAAUAAAUAUCAAACGGAAGAAAAGACAUGGAGGCAGCUGAUUGGUCUAAAAUAAAAAAACAAAGUCAGAAUCUUUAACACACACACAGACACACA